UCUGUCUAUUUGUCGGAUUUUGUCUUUGUUUUGAGGUUAGAGUGAUACCGAAGAGGCUGAGCUAGAAGGCAUGGGGAGAGCUCCAUGCUGUGACAAAGCAAACGUGAGGAGAGGCCCAUGGUCUCCUGAAGAAGACGCCACCCUCAAAACCUAUGUUGAGACUCAUGGCACCGGUGGUAACUGGAUCGCUUUGCCUCAAAAAGCUGGCCUUAAGCGAUGUGGCAAGAGUUGUCGAUUACGAUGGCUUAAUUAUCUGAGGCCAGACAUCAAACAUGGAGGUUUUACCGAAGAGGAGGACAAUAUCAUAUGCACUCUCUAUAGUCAAAUGGGAAGCAGAUGGUCUCUCAUAGCUUCUCAACUGCCUGGAAGAACAGACAACGAAGUGAAAAACUAUUGGAAUACCAAGUUAAAGAAGAAGCUACUGUCAGGAAAAUCAAGCUUCAAUAACAAUGGUUUUGUCCCUGCUAACACUAAUAUUCCUCCUCAACAAGCAGCUUCACAGCCUUGUUUACCAAAAGCUGAAACUUACAAUCUGGAUUGCUCAACUUCACAGUCUCAUAUUUCUACACCAUUGUCAAUUUCAACUGAUGUUGGUUAUGGAUUCUCUGUCAUUAGUACUCAAAACUUGCCUUUAGACCCAGUAAUGGACUUUUCUGGCCCAGAAGCAAUCACCCAUCUGUCACAGUCACGUGCAACUUUGGCGAAUAGUCACAUUGUUACCUCCUCUCACGAGCAAGCCGGCAUUUGGGAUUCUACUUUUUUGGAUACGGAGCUCAAGUCUGCCUCAAUGCCUGGUAAUGGAUAUGCUGAAGAUACCGGCAAUAUUUUGAUGGAUCAGUUCAGCUUUGAGUUUCCUUAUGAAUUUGUCAAUGGCAUUUGGAGUCAGGAGAAAACGGGCGAGGUUGUUCCAAGUUGCUAUGAUGGUUUAGCUGAUUUUUCCCAUGCUGACGUAAAGCCUCAAGGACUGAAUGAAAGUGUUGCUAAUCGAUACUGAGAGAGAAAUGGCUGGAAGUUGGCCGGAAUGGUGGAAGAAAAACUAAAAGAAAUGUGAAAGAAAAGAGAGAUACAAGAUUAUAAGAUUUUCUUUUCAAGUCAAGUAAAUGGAGCUUUAAUUAAUCUGAUGUUGAUUUUAUAGUAAUAGUUUUUAUUCUCUGAAUGCAGCCUUUAACCUUUCAAUUUUGGACCCUGUUACCGGAUAGAA